AUGGGGCACGUGUACCGCACACCCUCUCCGACCAGGGAACCUUACAUCAGUUCCAGUAAUGUCAAUUCGCCGCAGGCUGCGCCUGGAGCCCAUACGCAUCGUUCAAUCGUGCAUACAAGCUACCAGCGGAGCAUCGAGAAUCAAGCUUCUGGUAUCAUCGCAGACGACAGCUACAAGCAAAGGCAGCAACACAUGGCAAGUAUGUCACACCUCCAGAACGGGGUUGGUGCUGAGAGCGACUCUACCGAACAAAAGCCGUGUAGCAAUAUCGAUACCAUCAACGAUGAGCAAAGCAUAGGUGUAGCGCUUCCCGAGGAGCCGUGUACCCCUAAGAAAAAGCGCAUACCAAUUCUUUGGCAUGGUCUACCCUCGCCGGAAACUGCUAGUUUCGGUCAUGAUAUGCAGAGUACUCCUUCGGCGGGCUCAGCACAAGAAGAGCUGGUCUGGCAAACUUCUCUUCAGAGAACCAAAGGCGCUGCCAAGACCGCGUUAGAGAGAUCGGAGGACUCUGGUGAUUCACUCCCGCUUCUGAGGCAGCUUCGCACCGAUACACGUACCGAUGAUGUUGACGAUGGCAAGUUUGCGAUCCCGCAGACACCUGAGAAUGCUAUACAGAAUGAUGCGAUACUUGCUCGCGAGCUUGAGGCAUCACUCAAUCCAACAACGACUCGCCGUAGCACCAGACUGCGCACACAGCCGAAACCAACAUCUGCCCUCAACCAAGAUGUCAAUCAGGCACCGACCGCAGCCCCGAAGACUGCUUGGAAGUUACCACCUCUACCGGCGACACCUGAUUACGAUGCGCAGCCUGAGUUCAGUAUUGUACCUAUCAAGGCCGACCUGGUUCCUUUCGAGGGACUACCGACCGUUCACUCACUAUCUUGGCAACUGCAAUAUCCGCCAGGAGGCAGCGCACACCCAUCAUAUCCAUAUCCGGCCAUGGAUCCACGUCUCCUUUUCCAUCAAGCGUUCGUACCUAUCAUCGGUGGCCUUCCGGACUUUAAGCUGGUUCCUCAGCUCGUGCUUCCGAUGGGUUGGAAGCACGUUUCAUGGUCUGGCCUACUACCGAUCGCCUUCGAUCCAUACCGUCAAGCCUUCAAGCUGACACCUGUUGGUCCAAUGCCGCUUACAUGCGAGGAGCUUCAUCAGCAAGGAUUGCAUAAAUAUGUACCGGGUGGCGAGUUGCAUCCAGAGUACGGAUUGCUCCCUGACAUGCUCAAGCUGAGCGAUGGAAGUGAUGCCGAGAUUUUCGACUUUGAUGGUGUUGAUUGGACCCUGCCAUGGGAGGGACAGAUGGAUUUCCACGCACCUUCCCCUGAAGCCUUGAUCAAGCGCGAAGGCGGAGUGUGCUCCUCACCGCUAAGCCCAUCGGAUUUCACGCCAUCAAUUCCAGCUCACUACAAUGAAGCCUGGGACUGUCCCGAUGGUAUGAUCGACUUACCCGAUGCAUGGCGAUGGCUGUCGGAACACGAGACUAAGCCUACCGCGGGGUUUGUUGCCUCGCCCGGCAAGGUCUGGAGAGGGACCGGCAUCCACCGCAUAACACGCCGCUUCAAACAACCGAUCGGGAGCCUGAUGUCGACCACCAUCGCCAAUCUUGUCUCCAAUCCCACAGAAUUCUACCUUGUAAACCAGGAUAGCCGGGAGUUCUGUAUCUUCAAGAGUAUCGCAACACCAGUUCACAUCGACAUCACUCUUCUUGGGGAUGUGGAAUUCACCAUGAAAGAGUUGCUUUGUUACUUUCCGAACCACUACUACUGGAGGAAGGCUGCCGAUCGAAUCGUCAAGGCGGGUACGACUGGGGGAGACGUAGCGAACAUGAUUAAUUUCACCAGAAACCUUGAGGGUGAGUCAGCAAGGAAAUCGGGCGGUAUUACCGGUAAUCUGCUGUAUGAGACAUCAGAAGAUGGCGUGCGCGCAAAGAUUGUGCGCUCUAGUGAUGAGAAAUUAGGAUACACGGCUCAGGGUUGGGCUUACGAUCUCUGGGAGCUAGCCAACUAUCCACUUCUCGCUCUUGCGCAUGGAUUGGUGGCAUUGCCUGCUGGUGAAGACGCAGGACCGUUGACGGAGAUGAUCAUCUGGUGUCGUGAUCAGGGAAAGCAUCGUACGAUGCUAUCUGAAGUGUCAGCACUGUUGGAAGGAGCGGGUAUUGAGAGGAAGAUACAGCAGCCUGAGACUGGAUGUCCAGAUCAAACAGUCUUCUUGCGUCAUUCCGAAGCAUUGAAAGAGGACCGGAAGAGGGUGCUUGCGAAUGAGAAGCUAUUGAAGAGAAAGAGGGAGCUUGAGGGCAGAGAGGAGUCCAGAGGAAGAAAGAAGAAGGCAGAGUAG